AUGUUGGCUUCUGAGAGCUUGCAAUCUAUAUCAUGCCCAGGGGCAUCCCGUCAUGCUUCUCUGAACGCCCGGCCACCUCAAUACACCAGUGUCGCGGAUUCGCAGCACGACUCGCCAAUUGGGCAUCAGGAUAUGUCUGAGUACCACCUGGAAGCUCAGAGUUUGGGGCCUACUAAUUACGCUGAAACGCCACACUCAGUCCAGGCCAGUGACAAACCACACGAAGGAUCUACCACGUACAUAGGUCGGUCACAUUAUCUGAGCCAAGAUACACCCAUCGACGAAACUUCCUCUCGAGCAUAUCCGCCUUAUCAGCCCGAAGACUCAUCUGGAAUAGGUGAUUCGGUCUUAACCAUGUUCAACGCAUUUGAUUUACCUGUAAAGUCCAUCCGACAGGCUCUUAUUGACAGUUUUAUGCGGUUCUGCUAUCCCUGGACGCCAAUUCUUGCUCACGGAGAGUUAGAUUUCUCUUCCGAGGACAACUCGUCACUUCUUCUUAGUCAAUCCUUGUUUUUGGCUGCGAGCAGGGCUUCGUCAUCUCCGGGGAUUCUCGCAUUUGCAACUCCAGCGCAGUUCUACCAGAGAGCAAAAGCUCUUUUCUUCAUGAAUCAUGAGACCAACCCGCUUACUGUCAUUAAGGCAACAAUCAUGUUACAAUGGUAUACCCCUGACGGGCCAGAGCACGUUUCAUAUGAUGCAGGAGAGUUCUGGCUCAAGAUAGGAGUGGGAAUUGCACAUCAAGUUGGCCUUCAUAGAGAUCCUGGGGUGGGAAAUGAUGCUUCGGUGAGACGCCGGGUCUGGUGGAGCCUAAUGGUCAGAGACGCGCUCAUGUCAGUGGCUCAUGGCCGCCCGCGGGCUAUAAACCCCGAAGACGUCAACGUUCGCCCUUUGCUAAAAUCCGACUUUGAAGACUCUUCAGCAGAUGGCGCUGAACUGUUCAUACACUACGCAAGCAUUUGCUGUAUAUUGGGAGAUUUAACAGAAUCUUGUUCUCGCAGCGCCUUAUCGCAAGCGAAAAAGGACCACUUCCGGAGUCUCCUCUUCCGCUGGCCCAGAACAUUGCCUCCUAGUCUUCAGAUCUCGUAUCAGAAGCCUGACACGGACGAUUACUUACUUUCGGCCUACAACCUGAAUACACGCCAACUCCAUAUCCCGUAUUUUAUAGGUUUGGCCAUCGUCGGUCGCCCGAGCACCAAGGGCACCGUAUCAGCACAAUCUAUACUCGCCGCAUCCUUCGUCGCUGGAAUUUUUGAUGAACUCCUUGCGCGCGAUGAUAUCGGCCACCUUGCCCCCAUCUAUAAUCGCUACUGUGUUGCUGCAAGUUUUUUCCUCAUAUCUUUACGACCUUUCCCAGAGCUAUGGGAAGCCUGCCAAACCGAUCUCCGGAUCCUCCGGCUGAGUCUCAUAGAACUCAGCAAACGAUGGAAAUCAGCUAUUGGAGGGUCUAAGGCACUCGAGUCCAUUCUGACCUCGCAAAAACAUAAUGCAGUAUCCUUCGCCGUAGAGACAUCGUGGCUCACCCCGGAUCAACAAUUCUAUUUUGAUGGCUACUCGCUCGAAUUAUGCCAUAUGUGGAAGCCAUACUCGCGAUUUUGCGACAAGGUAGCCCUUGUGCAGGGAGCCAGCCUACCCUUGGCGCCUUACUCUGUUAACCAGGACCUACUGAUUCCUCCACACUUCAAUCUUGCAGAAGACGAUAGCACUGUUCCAUUUACACACCUCGCGGAAACGGGCUUACCGGACCUGUUGUCGUCAGAUUUCUUAUGCGAAGGCUUAGAGAGUUGGCUCCGAGGGGGAUAA